AGCGUCUAUAAAUCAGCGCUUGCUGGAAACUAACCCAUCCCAUAAUACAGCUGUUUGAAUUCAUCUGAUGUCCAUCACAUUUGGCUUCCCGAAAUCUCAUUUAUUUUUUGGUAACUGUUAUUGUUUCAGGCUUACACGUCAUCGCGCGAAACUCUCCGCCCCUCGAGCGCAGCAUCAGUCUGCGCGUCGCGUUGGCUUUUUAUCCAUUUCUCCUGGCAGUUGAAUUUAGGCAGAAAUCCGAAAUCAGAAGAAUCGAUCAGGUUGAAUACGCGCAGCUGCAGUGGAAUGCCUGAAACGCUCUGCGCGCUCCUCGGCGUACAAGGACGGAGAUCACGCGUCCAAAUUUAACGAUUCUGCAGUCAGGUUAGGAGGAAGACGCGUUCGGAUUUGGGGUUUCGGAUAUUGUUUGCAGCGGGAUUUAAACCAUGACGGCCACCAAAGAGCAGCAGAACCAGAGAGGGAAUCCGCAGGACGAGGAUCUGGGUGGCAUGAGUCCUCCUCAGAGGAACUGGAAGGGAAUUGCAAUCGCUUUGCUGGUCAUACUGGUGGUCUGUUCCCUUAUCACAAUGUCUGUGAUACUUCUCACUCCAGAUGACAAGUUACCGGGUAGAGACACCAAGUUAACUGUGGAGGAUCUUUUCAGCACCGAUUUCUUUGUGCAUGACCCUGAAGCUCGUUGGAUCAAUGAAUCUGAAGUUAUAUGCAGAAACCACAACGGACAUGUCAUCAAGUUUAACAGCCUGACAAAUGAAACAGAGAUUUUGCUGAAGAACACCACAUUUGAUGCUUUUAAAGCCACCAGAUUCUCCAUCAGCCCUGACAUGAAAUAUGUACUGUUCGCCUACAAUGUCAAACAGGUUUACCGACAUUCAUAUACAGCAUCGUACAUUAUUUACAACAUUCAGACCAGGGAGGUUAGUGAGCUGGAUCCUCCAGAGGUGAUGAACUCUAAACUGCAGCACGCUGCAUGGGGUGUCCAGGGUCAACAGCUGGUGUAUAUAUUUGAGAAUAAUAUUUAUUAUCAGUCGGACGUCAGAAGUAACUCGCUAAGACUGACCUCAUCAGGGAGAGAGGGUGUCGUCUAUAACGGUAUUGCUGAUUGGCUGUACGAAGAGGAGAUCCUGCACACUCAUGUAGCACACUGGUGGUCACCUGACGGGGAACGCUUGGCAUUUCUGGUUCUUAAUGACAGCCUGGUGCCAAAAAUGGUGUUGCCUACUUUCACAGGCUCUACUUACCCGAAGGGCAAACAUUACCCGUACCCGAAGGCUGGACAGCUCAAUCCCAUGGUGAAACUGUUUGUAGUCAAUCUCUAUGGACCAACACACACUCUUGAACUGACUCCACCCGAUGAGCUCAAACUGCGGGAGCACUAUGUAGUGAUGGUGAAGUGGAUUAGUAAGACCAAGACAGCUGUGCGUUGGUUAAACCGGGCACAGAACGUCUCUUUUCUGACCGUAUGUGACUCUACCACAGGAGCAUGCAUCAAGAGACAUGAGGAGACAUCAGACCUUUGGCUCUCCAAUCAGAAUCAGGAACCUUUCUUCUCAUGGGACAGCAGCAGAUUUUUCCUGACUGUUCCGGUGAAACAGGGAGGCCGUGGAGACUUUCAACACAUAGCAAUGUUCACCUCUCAGGUGCGGGCGGAUCAGAAUGAAGUGCGACAUCUGACAUCGGGUAACUGGGAAGUGACACAGAUUUUGGCUUAUGAUGAGAAUGUGCACACCAUAUAUUUCCUAAGUACUGAGGGUUCACCCCGACACAGACAUCUCUUCAGUGUGUCAACAGUGGGGUUGUUUCCACGAAGAUGUUUGACCUGUGAAUUGAAUAAAGAAAAUUGCACGUUCUUUAGUGCAGUCUUCAGCUCCAGUAAUCAGCACGUCAUACUCCACUGCAAAGGUCCAGGAGCCCCAGCUGUGAUCAUAUACACUUUGAACAAUGCCAAUUAUUACAUCCUGGAGAAAAACUCGGUGCUUAAAGCUGCUCUCGGAUACAAAAGAAUCCAGAGGACACAGUAUGAAAGUAUCCAGACUGAACACUUUGAGUUACCGCUGAAGAUAACGUAUCCACUCGACUUCUCUGAGUCUCGUAAUUACGCACUUCUUCUGAUGAUUGACAGCGCCCCUGGUGGCCAGCAGGUGAAUGAGCAGUAUUUACUUGACUGGGACUCGGUGCUGGUCAGCUCUGACAGCGUUAUUGUAGCUCGUCUGGAUGGCAGGGGGAGCGGCUUCCUGGGUCAGAAGGUUUUACAGGAAGUCCACAAGCGUCUGGGAGUUGUGGAACUUCAGGAUCAUCUGGCUGCUGUUGAGUACCUACUGAAUCUGCCCUACAUUGACCGAUCCAGGAUAGGUGUGUUUGGUCGGGAUUUUGGGGGAAACGUUGCACUUAUGCUUAUUAAAUCUACAGAGAAUGUGUUUCACUGUGCGGCAGCAAUGUCACCUGUCACAGACUGGACUUUGUAUGCUUCUACAUUCUCUGAGCGCUAUCUGGGAUCUCCUCUUCAGGAGGACAGCAGAUAUCAGUUUUCCAGUGUGCUGCAGAAUCCACAGGGCUUUAAAGAUCAAACGCUGAUGUUGCUGCAUGCUACUGCAGAUGCAAACAUUCACUUUCAGCACACGGCUGAGCUUAUUAAGAACCUUGUGAAGGUUGGAGCAAACUACACUCUACAGAUUUAUCCAGAUGAGGGUCACUUCCUGUCCAAGAGUAGCAGGCGGCACAUGGCAGGAACACUCAGCAGCUACUUCAGAUCCUGUUUGCAGGAGGAAAUGCUUCCAGUCAGUGAAGAAGAGGAGGAGGAAGAAGAAUGAAGAUCAUAUGCAGACGCACACACGCACGCACACACACACACCAGAAAUGUGUGAGACCUACUGCUCUGAGAGAGUGUGUGAAUGUGUGUAUAUAUGCAUGUAUCCAUUAUAUGAUGGAUGUAUGCGUUAGAGAUGUGAGAGUGUGUGUAUUUCUAUGUACCUGCCUAUUGGAUUUUUAUUGCUGGAAAUGGACUGAAAUGGCAAGGCACAAAUGGAAUAUUUCACUUAGCAGAAAUCACCAAGAUCUUCAAGUGGACUGGGCUGCUCUGAUUGGCUCAUCCACAUCACAGACUCCAACCAGCCAUUGCAUGUCCUCUUUCUUUGCUUCACUCUCCGUCUAUCUGUAUGCCGUAUCCUUUAGAAAGAGCACGGCAUUAAGAUGUAGUUACGCUACAAGAAAGACUCACUGUCUCCAUGACAACCGCUCACUGGGAAGAACUGCUAUUUCACUCAGCAAAACCCCAAGGAUCUGCUUAAAGACAUGCAGAGCUCAAGAGCACACAUGCAUAAUGCUCUGAUAUGUACGUCCAGUAGAUUCUUGGAUGUUGGUGUAUAUUGUACUGAAGAGUGUGAUCAUAUCUCAUGUUAGCUUAGAUUACAGGGCGGAUCCAAUCACAUGAUGUUUUAAUUAAUUUUUCUGUCUCUGAAAGCUUUUGUAUAGCUUACUGUUUAGUUUUGAUGUUGGGGUGUUGGGUUGUGGUGGGAGUUGGGUUGAUAGUUAUUGUCUUCUAGUUGACAUUUAUGACUAUAAAUAAACAAGUAGUCAAACCUAA